CUCUGUCCAGGCACACGGCACUGCACUGCCCCAGCAGCAUGGACUAAUGCAAGCACAGGAGAGAAGCACCACUGUGUGAGCCCAAAGGUCUCCUUAUUGGCAGCGCAGGUCGCCAUGGGAUGCAAUCCCAAGGCAGUUGCUGUUGGGUGUCUCCUGGCAGUCAUUGUUGUUUCUGGCAUCAUUGCUCUCAUCCUGGUGGUUGUGGGUGUGAAGGAUGUUUAUCUGCCUCCAGGCACCAAGUAUGGGAUGGUGUUUGACGCCGGUUCCUCGCACACGGCUCUCUACAUCUACCAAUGGCCAGCGAAUAAGGAGAAUGGCACUGGCAUCGUCAGCCAGGCUGAGGCCUGCACCGUGCCAGGACCUGGGAUCUCCAGUUAUGCUGAAAACCCUGCUAAUGCUGGAGCCAGCCUGAGGGCCUGUCUGGACAAGGCCAUGACGAUCAUCCCUGCAGAGCAACAGAGAGAAACGCCCACCUACCUUGGCGCUACUGCGGGCAUGCGGCUGCUGAGGGAGCAGAACAGCACAAAAGCCGACCUGGUCUUUGCAGAGGUCUCCAAGACCAUCCGGCAGUACCCUGUAGAUUUCCGUGGCGCUCGGAUCCUCACUGGGAAUGAGGAAGGAUCCUUUGGCUGGAUCACAAUCAACUACCUGCUGGAGACGCUCAUCAAGUUCUCCUUUGCAGGGAAAUGGAUACGGCCUCAGGCAGCUGAGGUUCUGGGAGCUCUGGAUCUUGGAGGAGCCUCAACCCAAAUAACCUUCCAGCCCAGUGGUACCAUUGAGGACAACAGCACUGAAGUCUUCUUCCGGCUGUAUGGGACCAACUACUCCAUUUAUACCCACAGCUACCUCUGCUAUGGGCGAGACCAGGCCUUGAAGAUGCUGCUGGUAGCCCUAAGGAAGGAGAACCUCACCUCUCAGCAGAUCUCCCACCCGUGCUACCCUAGGGGAUAUGAGGAGAACGUCACUGCCGCUGCCCUGUAUGACAGUCCCUGCGUCCCGGCACCAGCUGCACACGACCCCAGCCAGAUCCUCACGGUGCAGGGGACAGGAGCCCCAGCGGAGUGCAGGAAUGCCGUCCAGAAACUCUUCAACUUCACAGCCUGUGGGGCCAACAGGACGUGCGGGUUCAACGGGGUCUACCAGCCACCGGAGCAUGGGCAGUUCUUCGCCUUUUCUGGAUUUUACUACACAUUCUAUUUUCUGAACCUGACUAACGGACAGCCCCUGAGUGCCAUCAAUGCCACCAUCUGGGGCUUCUGCACUAAAGGCUGGAAGGAGCUGCAGGCCAGCUUCCCACAGGAGGAGAGUCACAGGCGCCUACACAAUUACUGCCCCUCGGCCUUUUACAUCCUGACACUGCUACACGAGGGCUACAAAUUUGACGAGCAAAUGUGGAGCAACAUCCAUUUCCGCCAGAAGGCUGCGAAUACAGACAUCGGCUGGACCUUGGGCUACAUGCUGAACCUCACCAACAUGAUCCCGGCGGAAGCCCCCGAACAAGUGAAAGGGCAGCAGCACGGGCUCUGGGCAGCCGCCAUCUUCUUUAUUGUCCUGACCGCUGCAGUGGCACUGAUGGCCAUUCUCGUCCUGUGCCUCUGGAAUCCCACUUAGCAGCCCGAGUAAUGCACGGAGAGCCCCUCUCACCAACCCAGGGAAGGGGAAGUGGCACAAAUGAUGGCAAGUGUUGGGAGGCCUUCAAGGCACUCGCCAUCUCUUCAGGAUACCUGCCUGGUUCCUCUCAGUGAACACCUCCCUCCAAAGAAGGCCAAGGGGGGAUCUGAUCAGCGUUUAGAACUAUCUCCCGGGGGAAGAGCUCUGAUCAGAGCAGACAAAGGAUGACUGAGAGCCAGUGGCUGGAAGUUGAACUAGACCAAUUUGGACUAGAAAUAAGGCAUUUUUUUAAAAUAGGGAGAGUAACUAAUCACUGCCUAAAUAUAUGGGGGAGUUUCCCAUCACGUGA